CCCAUACGCCCAUCACAUCGUCCAUCAUGCACAGGCUGAUAGUGUUGCUGCUCCUGCUGGCACUGCAAAUAGCGCGCCAUCGUGCGGCCGGAAAUGUUCUAUUCCGACAAUUUCUCAUUACAGCGGUGGAACGGAACUGCAUCGUGCCGUUAAAGCCGGAUUGGUCGUACUCAUCGCCACUAAUAUUCACCCAGAACGGUGUGUUGGUUUCGCCCGAAAAUGAUAGCCAGGAGGUGGAGGAGAUUACGCUCGCCACCGGUGACGAGGUGGUACUGUCCUGCUCACCCAACUACUUUCGGGAGUUUUCCUCGGAGAAGGUGCUGUGGGCUCGGUGCAAGAAGGAUAAAACAUUUGUGGUGAACGGUAUGGACAAGAACUUCGUGUCAGCGUUAGCGUGCAAGGAACGUCCGAUCGAGGAGAUCAUCGUAUCUGUGCGUGGCUGUCCUGCAACACUGCGUUCGAUCGAGUACGGGUUCACCAAUCCCGUCACCAACAAAUCGUACAUUCUCGGUGAAGCCUGCUACGACGUCAAGCUCGGCCGGACCCAGUUCAUUCACACCAAAGUAAAGUCCGGCACGAAUAGCAUCGAGCAGCUGGCACUGAAAGUAAAGGACAACGCGACUUACUUCCACGGCUAUCAUCCGACGCAACGGUACAAGGUAGACCUUAGCAAAGCGCUCAACAUCAACGACCAAGCGGAACGGUUCCGGCCCGUGUUCGGCGUUAAGAAUGCGCCCAAAAUCGAGUCCCGCCGGUACAUCAACGAAGCACUGCUUACCCACCGACAGUAUCUUUCAGUAUUAAAGAUGGCCUGGAACUAUCAGAUCGUAAAGGAUCGCGAUCAGCUGCUCAACCUCGACCGGUUACUGCACGACAUCCGAUCGCUUGACGCUGUGUCCGAGGUCGAGAUCUACACCGGGGCGCACGGUGUUAUGGCACUGCAGGACAAGCACAACCAUAGCGCGGAGGUGUACCUGGUGCGCGAGAACCGAUUCCCGGUGCCGAAGCUCCACUGGACGGUGGUACGCUCGCAGGACCGGGCCGUUGCGUUUGCCAUCUUUGGCAAAUCGCCACAGACCGAGCAGGAGCGCGAACGGAGAAGCUUUUGUACGAACCUGUGCGAGCAGAUUUCGUGGUUGAAGAAGCUGCACGAAAACGACGCGUGGCAGGAUGCGAGAGCCGGAUACGUACUUUGCUGUGAGCUGGAGGAGUUCCGUCGUACCGUGAAGGAGAUGCCACCGGUCGUUGGUGUUAAGUCGGUGCUGGUUUAACGUCGAUUUAGC